CGCGUGCGCGCAAACGUCUCCGCCCGGGACGUCACGACUCGUUCGCGCGCACGUACGCACACCGGUACACGUUGCGAACGCAUAAAUUAAGUCGCAGUGGUCAGCGUUUUCCUUCCCCACCUCUACUCGUCGCGGCCGCUCCUCCCGCUACCGACGCCGCCGCCGACACUGUUACUCGAUACAAAUUUUAUUAUUAGUGCACGAAACGUCGCACCGCGUUCUUACGUUUCGCUGCGUUGUCGCACAUUCCUCGCGCGCCUCCAACCGUUUUAGCUUCGAACCGCGACCGACAGUCGUCUCCGACCACCAGUAGCAACAGCACUACUACAACUCACACAGCCUUUAGUAUUUUUUUUCCCCGCAGUUCCCCGACACCGGUCCCGUUCCCGUCGCAGCAACAGCAACCAUGUCGUCUCCAGCUGCAUCCGCGACGUCCACCGCCGCUUCGGCCGCGUCCACCAACAGCGUGCUUGAAAAGCUCGGCCUCCUGCUGGUCGCCAUCGUCGUGCUCCGCUUCACCCGCGCCGCCAUGCAGUUCAUUUACCGGCACGUACUGGGCCCGUCAGCCCUUUGCCGCGGAUCCGUUGACUUUGCCAAGUGCGGCAAAUGGGCCGUGGUGACGGGCGCAACGGACGGAUUGGGCAAGGCAUACGCGAGGCAGCUGGCAGGCCGUGGAAUGGACGUGGUGCUGAUCAGCCGGACCCAGUCCAAGCUAGAUGCGACCGCGGACGAGAUCCGCGCAGAGUACCCGGGCCGUGAGGUGCGGUGCGUGCGCGCCGACUUCUCGGACGAAGACACGGGCUUGGUGUACGGGCACGUGGGCCGCGAGCUGCACGGGCUCGAGGUGGGCGUGCUCGUCAACAACGUGGGCCUGUCGUACCCGUACCCGGAGUACUUCCUGAAGGCGGCCGAAGACCAGUGCGACAACGGCAACAAGGCCACCGCCGGAUUGGGACCGAAACUAUUCGACGAUAUGGUCCGGUGCAACAUCACGUCCAUGAUACACAUGUGCCGGCUGGUGAUGCCCGGCAUGGCCGAUCGUCGGAAGGGCUGCGUCAUCAACAUUGGCAGCUCAACUUCCGAGAUCCCGUGUCCCCUGUUGACCGUAUACGGCGCCACAAAGAAAUUCGUCGAGAAGUUUAGCCGCGAACUGAACACCGAGUACGGCGGCAGCGGCAAGAAUGGUUUCAACAUCACAGUGCAGUGCGUCAUGCCAGGUUACGUGGCUACCAAAAUGAGCAAGAUCAACCGCACUUCGUGGCUGGUCCCGUCCCCAGAUAAGUUCGUCCGGUCCGCGUUGCAAACCACUGGAUUGGAGCCGGUCACACAAGGGUACAUGCCGCACACCUUGAUGGUCAAAGCGAUCGCACUGGCCGAGAGCAUAUCCAAGUCGAUGAUGUCCCGGAUGGUGCUGAACAAUAUGCUGAGCAUCCGGGCUAGGGUGCUGCGCACGCAAGCCAAGAAACAGAAGGAGGCGUUCGCUUUGACACAGGACCCAAUCGAAUCAGCCGUCGACAAUUGAAUCGGGCGCUACCGGUAUCCGUGAUUGUGGUAUUAGAUUUUAAGUUUACCGGAAACCGUAUGGAAUCCUAUUUACCGACGGUUUCCCGGUUAUUUUAGGAGAGCGCGCUCUCGAUAAGUGUGUAAUCAUAGUUAUAAAUAACACUAUGUGUACGUUUACGGUAUUAGUUUUAAGUUUGGCGUUGAAGUCCAGUGUUAAGAUGGAUCACCCAAAAUUUUCGAGGGUGCAGACAUGUCCGCGACAACGCGGCUAGUGCACUCUCGUUAAACAUAUAUAGUUUUAAUUUAGAUAUUAUUGUACGUUUACGGUUAUAGUUUUAGUUCAGGAUUUAAAUCCUAUGUACUAACGUGUACACAAAGUCAAAAUAUAUGGGAGUGCAGUGUUCUGCGUCAACGCUAGAAAUGCACUCUCGAUAAGUAUAUAAAUAUAGUUUUAAUUUAUAUAUUAAUGUACAUUUAUGGUUGUAGUUUUAGUUAAGCGUUUAAAGGACAGAGAAAUUCUUACAAUUAUUUAUUAGAGUGCAGACUUCCGCGACAAUGCAGCAAGUGCACUCUCAAUAAAUAAGAAAUUAUAGUUUUAAUUUAAAUAUUACUGUACGUUUACGGUUGUAGUUUUAUUUUAGCGUUUAAAUUGCAAAAUCAUAACUAAUAUUUACAAUUAUUUAUUAGAGUGCAGACUUCUGCGACCACGCGGCAAGGGCAUCCUCAAUAAAUAUUUGUAAACAUAGUUUUAAUUUAGCAUUUAAAUCCUA